AUGUCGUUAAAACUCAGCGCCGCAAGGCGUUUUACAAUCACGCGGCCCGCUGCCCUCUGCCACGCAUAUCACAGCACGCCUCGACUGUCGCUGGCUGACAGAGUUCCACAUCCCCGGCAAACCCUCUCACCUCGCUCCGAUGAGAACACAAAGUCAGCCCAUGACGAUGAUGUUGCAGCGCUAGAAGACGCGCCGUAUUGUCGCAACAAGACGCGGCCCGAGGAGGAGCUCCUCGCUGCUGCGUCGGAAGCGGCCACGCAGCAUAUCACGAACCCCUUGGAGGCGAGCGGCGCCAAUACGGAUAUUAGCAAGCCAAGCAGCGAUAUGCUGACGGGGAAGCAUGUGAGUAUCAAGUGGGAGGAGGCUAAGCGGCAGCGUAGUCGAUACGGGAGGACCCCUGGCAAGGGAGAGAAACUGCACGUCUGGAAGAAAACUAAAAAGAUUAGCUUUAGGUAG